AUGAGGGGCAUUGAGGAGACAAGGCAACGAUGGAAUACCUUCUUUCGCGACAAUAACACCACCGCCGAUAUACGGACAGCACUUCGGUCGGAACAAGGAGACAAAUUGUGCGACGAGGGAUUGAGAUCCAUUUGCUGGAAGGCAUUUCUACUUUUCGAUGAUCUCGACCGGGCGCCAUGGCCACAGAAGAUCGCCGAUUCUCGAAGUGCCUAUGUCGCGCUGAAAGCCCAUUUCCUGAAAUACAUUGAACACCCGGAUGAUCUGCAGUCGGCAGUUGACCCGCUGGCGGAUGAUGAAGAGUCUCCAUGGCAAACGCUACGAGAUGACGAGCAGACGAGGGCGGAUAUUUCCCAGGAUGUCGACCGGUGUCUACAGGAAAAUUUCUUCUUUCGUGAGCCGUCGACUAAGAUGAAAAUGAUUGAUAUACUGUUCAUAUACUCGAAACUUAACCCGGACUUGGGCUAUCGUCAAGGGAUGCACGAGAUCCUGGCUCCUUUGCUCUGGGUGAUUGAUAGAGAUGCCAUCGAGCCCAAGGCUCUGCAGGAGCUCAACGCCAACGAACCCGAUGAUGAAAUGAUACUUUCCCUUCUUGACGCCAACUACGUGGAGCACGACUCUUUUGCCUUGUUUUGUUCGGUUAUGCAAAUAGUUCGAGUGUAUUAUGAGCAUAAUAGACAUCGGUCCGAAAAUGGCCAGGCGGAUGUUAUACCGAUCGUUCACCAAUGCCAGCGCAUCCAUAAUGAACUUUUGGUUACCGCAGACUUGGAGCUGGCGGAUCAUCUGCAAGCACUAGAAAUUCUACCACAGAUAUUUCUCACCCGUUGGAUGCGCCUACUCUUCGGUCGUGAAUUUGCUUUUCAAGAUGUUCUUCUCAUUUGGGAUCGCCUUUUUGCAGAAGGAUUACGUCCCGAAUUGAUAGACUUUGUGUGCGUCGCCAUGCUCUUGCGGAUUCGUUGGCAAUUGUUGGGUGCCGAUUCCUCGGGCGCUUUAAGUAUCCUGCUCCGUUACCCUUCGCCUCAUCCCCAUGAUCCUCUAAGUUUUGUGCUUGAUGGGAUAUACUUGGAACAAAAUCCCACCCCUGACCGAGGCAUUUUUAUUAUCUCAAAAUAUUCAGGCAGGCCACCGGAUGUCACCAAAGGGCUCGGGCAGCCUAGUUCGAAGCACAUAACCAGCAAAAAGUUCCGCCUGCGGAGCAUUUCAAGGGACUUGAGCGAAAGUAGCUCUCCUUCCAGGUCGCCUGCAAGGAACAGUCCCAAGAGUCUUGAAACACUCUUCCAAGACGUUUCAGAGGGCAUACAACGUCGAACAGAGUCGUGGGGUGUAGCCAAAGCUGUCCGAGGGGCAGUGACUGAAGCUAAGAGGAACAUGCAAUCUAUCCAGUCUGAGCACUACACUCGCACCGCACGGUAUGAAUCCUCCAGCCCGACCGUAGGGAUGCCGUGGGAUCAUGGUUCCGAUGGUACGGCUCAGUGGAAGGCGAAGAUUGAACACCUCGAGGAACGGAACAGGAAGCUUGCAAAGAACCUUGGCCAUGCCUUGAAUGAUAUUCGUUCUCAUAUGAUGAGAGCAGAGGGUAUUGAUAAGAAGACUAGCAACGCCUUGAAAAAAGCACUCACCCAGGUUCAGUCGGUGCAGACCUGCCUUGAAGAUUCAUCUAUCCCUCCAGGCUUUGUUGGUCCGGUUUCGAACGAUGGGGAAGGGGACCAGGAAUCGCUUUCUGACACUUCGAAAUCCACGACCGAGCGUGUCGAGGCGGGGGGUGACAAAUCAUGUGACACGUCCACAGCAACGCGCAAGGUUAGUGUAUCUGAGAAGUCAUCUAGAUCGUCCGUUGAGAGUGAGACGAAAACGCCCAAUGCUGCAACCAAGGCUCCAGUUUCCACACCCAUGCCACUCCGACAUGCCGCACGUCCAUCGUUGGCAGAUUCGGAGUUUUCCUGGAUGCUCGGGGGCGGGCGACAGUUUUCGAGUUUCGUAAGUCCGGCAUCCGUGCCGCCCGAGCAGACUCGGCAUGGGCUUGGAGAAGUGCGAUCCAAACCGAAUACCUUAUUUGGCAACGGAGACGAGGAGCAUGGACGGUCCGGCGCUGAGCCCGACGGACUGGUGCUGCGGAGUCUUCGGGGGCCUAAGGCUCGCGAGUAAUCCGGAUGCGCUUUUGGUAUGAUUCAUUUUGUUUCUAGAAUUUUAGCCCCGGCAUUUCACUAGUCCGAUAUACCCCGUUUUUGAGGUUAUUGCAUCGGAUUACGGAGUACCUCCUUUCCUCAUCUCUUCCCUUGAUGCCUGAAUCGCGCCAUGAGGACUGCCCAAGAUAUUUUAUCCGGCCAGGUUGAUCCAAGCGCCCACCGCGCUUUUUCAACACUAUGCCUCUCGGAU